AGAUUUAAAUUUCCGUAUUACAUCCAACCAACAAUUCCAUGCCGAGGUACACUCUCUCUGGACUGCAGGACUUGUCCUGGACGCUCUCUAGUCUUCCCUCAAGGUCUGUCAAGGAGACUCUGAAUAAGAGACUAAGAGGCGUCCAAUAGUCAGCGACAUCCUUGCAAGAUACGGGCUGGUAUCCCGCUGUACCAAUAAAGGGGCUUUCUGUUUCUCUCUUUAUUGAUGAUCCAAAUCAGUUCAACCUACGCUUUUCUCGGGGAAGAAGCAUUUCCCUACCAUUUUGGGAAUUGCGGCGUAUAUCUCUUGUUCCGAACCAGUUUAAGAUGGCUCUCGUGAGACAUCCCCUUGAACAUGGCUGGACUUUCAGGCAAAGCGACAGCGCCGCGACUGGUGACUGGCUCCCAGUGAAGAAAGUUCCAACUCAGGUUCAUAUGGAUCUGAUUGCCAAUAAUAAGAUUCCGGACCCAUUCAUUGACUUGAAUGAACUCGCUGCGCGGUGGGUUGAUGAGAAGGAUUGGAGCUACAGAGUUCAAUUCAAGAAGCCAGUUGGACCUUCGGUCCCUGGUGCUAUUACCACCGAUAUUGUCUUCGAGGGUCUGGAUACGUUUGCAACAGUUCUGCUGAAUGGCAAACAGAUUCUAAAGUCAGAUAACAUGUUCUUGGCUCAUCGGGUGAACAUUUCAAACCUUCUCGAAAAUGACAACGUCCUCGAAAUCAAGUUUGACUCUGCCUUUUUGAAAGGACGAGAGUUGGUAAAAGAGCACGAACAAGAGCACACUUUUUACGUUCGUCAGACAGAUAUCGGUCGAGUUCCAACUAGGAAAGCCCAAUACAACUGGGGAUGGGAUUGGGGUCCAAUUUUGAUGACGGCUGGGCCCUGGAGACCUGUUUAUCUUGAACAAUAUGUUUCGAGAAUUGACGACGUCUGGAUCCACUUCGAAGUCGAUAAGGACUUGAAGACAGCUUCUGGCCAGAUCUUUGCCAAAAUCGCUGGUGUGAAUUCCAAGUCGGUCGCUCUCACAUUAUCCCUUGGGGGAACUAUUAUCUGGGAGAAUGAGGCUGCAGUUGAUAACAACGGCCUGGCCAAAGCAGACUUUCAGAUCGAAAAUCCAGAGUUAUGGUACCCGCAUGGUUACGGGUCGCAGACUCUUUACGAAUUGAAAGCGACUCUAACCUCAGCCGACGAAAAAUCCAAACUCAUCGGCUUUCGGCGAGUCGAACUCAUUCAAGAAAAGGAUGAAUUUGGCAAGUCUUUCUAUUUCCGCAUCAACCAGAUAGAUAUCUUCUCUGGUGGAUCUUGCUGGAUCCCUGCCGAUAGCUUGCUCUCUCAGAUACCCACCCAACGGUACCACGACUGGAUGAGACUCAUGGUUGAAGGCAAUCAGAUAAUGCUGAGAAUAUGGGGCGGUGGCAUUUAUGAGGAUGAUGCCCUAUUCGACGCUUGCGAUAAACUAGGAGUCCUCGUUUGGCAUGACUUCCAAUUCGCAUGUGCAAGCUACCCGACUUAUCCCUCCUACUUAGAGUCCGUUGAGCAAGAAGCAAGACAAAACCUGCGCCGGUUGAGAUCUCACCCGUCCCUAGUCAUAUGGGCAGGAAAUAAUGAGGAUUACCAAGUCCAGGAGCGAUAUCAUCUUCAUUACGAUUAUGAUGGGGAUAAAGAUCCCCAGUCGUGGUUGAAGUCGACCUUCCCGGCUAGGUAUACUUAUGAGUACUUGCUACCAAAGAUUGUCAAGGAGGAGGAUCCCUUCAUGGUGUACCACCCCAGUAGUCCAUGGGGAGACGGAAAGCGUACCACGGACAAGACAGUUGGAGAUAUCCAUCAAUGGAACAUAUGGCAUGGAAGGAUGAACAGAUACCAGGAGACCCAUAUACUGUCUGGCCGCUUUAUCAGCGAGUUUGGGAUGGAAUCCUACCCACAUCUUGAAACAAUCCGCAAUAUGAUUCAAGACCCACAACAACAACAUCCGGGUUCUAUGAUGAUGGACUUCCGCAACAAAGCCAUCGACCAUGAGCGCCGUAUGAUUACCUAUGUCGCAGAGAACUUCCAAGUGAAGUAUGAUCUACCUUCAUACACGCACCUCACGCAAAUUGUGCAAGCAGAGACAAUGCACUUUGCUUACAAGACAUGGCGCCGGGAAUGGGGUACACCAGGGUCACGUAAAUGUGGGGGUAUUUUGGUGUGGCAGUUGAAUGACUGCUGGCCGACGAUGAGUUGGGCUGUGGUCGACUACUAUCUCGUCAAAAAGCCCUCAUUCUAUGCCAUCGCAAACGCCCUGAAGCCCCUGGCGGUGGGCAUAUCGCAACCGUAUCACAAUUGGACGGAAGGACACGCGGACCCUACACUACCAGCUAGGGACACGAAAUUCGAUCUGUGGAUCGCAAGUAGUCGAUUAGACGCCGUUCAAGUAGAGAUAACAGUGCGCUUUAUUUCGAUCCGAACGGGCCAAGAUGUACAUCCCGCGCUGAAGCUGGGUGAUGUCAAGGUGCUGCCGAAUAGCACGACGGAAGUCCUGAAAGAUCAUCAUCUCCCAGUAACAAACCCGCAGUUCAAUGACACGACUCGGCCUUUCGACCUAACGAAAUAUGAUCCGUAUGUCAUCCACGCCACCAUCAAAGACGGCGACCAGGUCGUCUCAAUUGAUUCUGCCUGGCCGCAGCCACUGAAGUACCUGGAUUUCUCCAACCGGAAUGUAACCUUCAAGGCCACAUCCUCUGACCAACUAUCUAUAUCCGCGGCUCGUCCCGUGAAGGGAUUUGUCUUCGAGGAGACUCGUGCGAUAAAACUGAGCGACAACGGCUUUGACCUCGUUCCAGGAGAAGAAAAGGUAGUGACGGUGACAGGCGCAAGCCUGGACUCCCUACGCUACACUUACAUCGGUGCUCCAGAAGGGUCUUUAAAAGUGACGGUGUCUACCCCUGAAGGGCUACUAUCAAAAGCUAGGCUCUGAUGACACUACUAUAAGGACUUGAGCUUGUCAUGACUCAACUCAUUAAUACUAUUCCCACCUUCAAGCUAUCAUUGCUGAAAUAUUGACAUAAGGGGUUGAAAAUCGAGUCGUGAAAGAAGCAAUCCCCGGGUAUGGUACAUGGCAGCUUGAAAGCAUUUUGUCCAUAAACAAAUUUUACCCAAUCGUAUAUAAUGUGAGUUCAUGCAUAACAUCUUCCCCAAAGUACACAUUUCGUCAUGUCUGUCGCCUAUUAGGUAUGGGCUAGAUGUGUCGAUACGAUGAUUUAACCUUUACCACUUCGUGGUUGAACGAUUCAGCCGAAACAUGCACGUAGGUAUUCGAAAACUGAACC